AUGAACCUACGGUGGCUGCGGGCCAGUCUGGCUCUUGGCAGGAAACUGGACCGGGACCUGUUUUCUGCCAACGGGGAAAGAACACAGGGAGCCUGCAAGGGCCGCUGGUGCAUUGAAUCGGGAAAACUCUCCCGCAUUCCCCCCGACGGCAGUGGCCAGGGGCGAAGAAGGGGGCGACCCUUCCUUCCUUCCACCGCCGCACCGCGCCCUCCCUCCGCGCGGAGACCCGCCCCGGCCAGCCGCAGUGCGGGGCGCGCGCGGGCCCGAGAGGGCGCAGGGGCUGGGGCGGGGAAGGGUCCCCCGCGGGGUCCCCGGUCCCCAGCGGCCGGAGGGGCGGGGUGCGACCCUCAGUCCCCGCCCCGGGGGCGGAGCCUCCGUCCCAGCCUGCGGAGCGGGAGGCCGGCCGACUGCGGCCGGGGGCUCCGUCCCCGGCGCCCCGCGUCACCCCGCGCCUUCCCGGGGAGACCCGGCCCCGCGCCCCGCGCCCCGCUGCGCAGCGGCCCAGCCUCGGCGCCCUCGGGCCCGGCGCGGUGCAGACGCGCUGCUCGGGCUCCGCACCCGGACGCGUCCGGCGAUGGCGCGCGGAGACGCCCCGCGGGACAGGCGAGUGGGGUUGCGGGGCUGCGGGCGGGCGGGGCCGGGGGCCGGGGGCCGCGGGGCUGCGGGCGGGCACCGAGCUCCGGGCAGCGGCGGGACUACAGUUCCCAGCAGCCGGAGCCCGCCGCACGCCCGGCGGGGCCGCUGGGGGCUGUAGUCCGGCCCCUUGGUGGGGCGCCCGGGCCUCGUCCUCGGGGUGACCUUCCUUCCUUCCUUUCUUCCUUCCUUCCUUCCUUCUCUCCGGCCGGUGCGCGCAGCUUCCACCUGGUCGGCAUCAGCUUCUUCAUCCUGGGGCUCGGCACCCUCCUGCCCUGGAACUUCUUCAUCACCGCCAUCCCGUACUUCCAGGGACGGCUAGCUGGAGCCAACAUCAGCACCACAGAGGCGGGCACCAACCAUACAGGGACCGUGGAUUCCUUCAACUUCAAUAAUUGGGUGACACUGCUGUCCCAGCUCCCCCUGCUGCUCUUCACGCUGCUCAACUCUUUCCUGUACCAGUGCAUUCCCGAGGCGGUGCGGAUCCUGGGCAGCCUGCUGGCCAUCCUGUUUCUUUUUGCCCUGACGGCGGCCCUGGUGAAGGUGGACAUGGACCCCGCACCAUUCUUCUCCAUCACCAUGGCCUCUGUGUGGUUCAUCAAUUCCUUCUGUGCCAUCCUGCAGGGCGGCCUCUUUGGGCAACUGGGCACCAUGCCCUCCGCCUACAGCACUCUCUUCCUCAGUGGCCAGGGCCUGGCCGGGAUCUUCGCCGCCCUCGCCAUGCUGCUGUCCAUGGCCAGCGGUGUGGACGCCCAGACCUCUGCACUGGGCUACUUCAUCACGCCCUGCGUGGGCAUCCUGCUGUCCAUCGUGUGCUACUUGAGCCUGCCGCACCUGGAAUUUGCCCGCUAUUACCUGGCCCGGAGGCCGGUACAGGCCCCAGCACAGGAGCUGGAGACCAAGGCAGAGCUUCUUCAGGCCGAUGAGAAGAACGGGAUCCCCGUCAGCCCCCACAAGGCCACCCUGACUCUGGAGCUGGACCUCGAGAAGGAGCUGGAGCCGGAACCAGAGCCUGAGCCGGAGGAGGCAGAGAAGCCAGAAAAACCAUCUGUCUUCCUGGUCUUCCGCAAGAUCUGGCUGACGGCGCUGUGCCUGGUGCUGGUCUUCACUGUCACCCUGUCCGUCUUCCCCGCCAUCACAGCCAUGGUCACCAGCUCCACCAGCCCUGGGAAGUGGAGUCAGUUCUUCAACCCCAUCUGCUGCUUUCUGCUCUUCAACGUCAUGGACUGGCUGGGCCGGAGCCUCACGUCCUACUUCCUGUGGCCCGACGGGGACAGCCGGCUGCUGCCCCUGCUGGUGUGUCUGCGGGUCCUGUUCGUGCCACUCUUCAUGCUGUGCCACGUUCCCGAGCGUUCUCGGCUGCCCGUGCUCUUCCCCCAGGACGCCUACUUCAUCACCUUCAUGCUGCUCUUCGCCGUGUCCAACGGCUACCUGGUGUCCCUCACCAUGUGCCUGGCGCCCAGGCAGGUGCUGCCCCAUGAAAGGGAGGUGGCCGGUGCCCUCAUGACCUUCUUCCUGGCCCUCGGAUUGUCCUGCGGAGCCUCCCUCUCCUUCCUCUUCAAGGCGCUCCUCUGACCCACCUGUCUUCCUGCUCCUGCCUGUUGGGGGCCUGUCUGGGCUCCAGCUUCAGCUGGACUGUGGGUGCCUGCAGGACCGGGCACUGUCUGCUUGGGGUGGCUGCAGAGGAGAAAACACCCCCCCACACACACACACAUACGGUCACUCCACACUCUCCAGGAUGGAACCAGCC